UCUUCUCACUUGGUAGGAGUGUAAACAUUUUGCAUGAUUAGAAAUGAUUAGAAAUUUUGACAUUAGAAAUUAGAAAAAGUGAUGAGUAAAUUAACAAAUAAACUUUUGUAUACGUGGUACAUAUAUUUUAACAUCCAUUUUAGAUGUGUAGAUCAUUGAAUGUAUGUGAUGUGAUACAAAGUUGGAAUCUCAAUGACGGAUGUUAUGUUUGAGAAAGUAUAUAUGUCAACUUAAAAAGAAGCAAACAUGAUAGAAAUUACGGCAAAACUCGUACGAGGUCCUGUAUAUUUCUCCGGAGAAAUUAUAGAAUGUUUGGUUACAUUCACUAAUCCACCUAAUCCAAAUCAUCAAAUAUCGCAGAGCCAUAGUGAUUUGUUCGAGAGCCUCGCAUGGGCAAGUGCACAGGUUCAUUGCCAAUGUUCAACAAAUAGCAAAAUGGUACUUUCAGAGAAAAUAAAUACUGCAGCUCGCUCAGUAGCAAUUAAUGCAAAUACUACAUUUGCACCAUGGCAACAAGAUAAUGGACAUGUAGUGCUAAAUACAAAACCAAAAAUAUUGUGUUGUGAUUUAAGACUAUCACCUGGAGAAAGUAAAACAUAUAUUUAUCGCGAAACAAUACCAAGUGAUGCUCCACCUUCAUAUAGAGGACAGGCUGUAAAAUAUUCUUAUAAGAUUACAAUUGGAACACAAAGAGUGAAUACAGUUAUAAAACUAUUACGGGUACCAUUUAGAGUACUCUCUUUAAGUGAAUUGCCAGAGAUAAUAGCAUGCAAUGAUAGCGUAGAUCUGAGCCCAAAUAAUCCAUUUAUGGAAACGCAACACCGAGAAACUCCAUUAGAUCUUGCCCUUCAAACAUUGCAGAAUUUAACUGCCAGACGCAGUCCAAACUUUUACAACGUGACGAAUGGCCGCGGCCGCGUAGUGCGAUUUUGCCUUUUCAAGAAUUCCUACAAACUUGGCGAGGAUAUAGUCGGAACUUUUGAUUUCUCAAACGCUACUGUUUCUUGCGUUCAAGUGUCCGUGUCUUUGCAAUCGGAGGAACAUGUAUCAGAGGAGUACAAGCGAGGAAAAGCUAUGCCGACGUUGAUCAGUUACAAUAAACAUCAUGAAAUGUGUCUGGGCUUGAAGUACUCUCAUGUGGUGCUACCAAUACCUCUGCACGUCACACCAGACUUUACUACUGAUUUGGUGACACUUAAAUGGCGGCUGCACUUCGAAUUUGUCACAACGCCAAAAUUGGUGGAGAUGCCCAGCGAAAGCACCAUCAGCUGGCAUGGACCGUCGACUUUGGAUGUGGAAACGAUGAUUUGGGAUCUUCCACUGCAUAUCCAUCCGACCACGACGCCGCCAAACACAGCGCAACAGACGAAAUAUAACACUAUCAUAUAGCUAUCAUCGUAACACGUGACGUAUCAUUGUAUUAGGCAUUCAGUGUAUGUAAAAGAAGCAAAUUAUCAUUAUGAUGCAACUAAUUAAUUACAAAAAUCAGAUAGAGGCCAAGUAAGUUUUGCAUUUCAUGUUUUUCAUAACGCUUUGGCAAUUUAUAUAAUAUACAAUUUUAUUUUAGGAGACAAUUUGUAUUCCUUAUGAUAAUUCGUUGUACAUGAGAAAGAUAUAUUUUCAUAUUUUUACGUAUCUAAAUAAGAAAGGUUGCUAAUAAAAGAAUAUGUUAGAAUCA